AUGAUAGAAGACGGUGCGCGAAGGACUUACAAACGAGAUCCCGCUCACAGGGUCUUCGUAAAUCGUAACCUUCGAAUGGAGAAGAUCCGAUUUUUCGGUUUUGAUAUGGACUAUACAUUGGCGGUGUACAGAUCACCGGAUCUGGAAAUUGUAACAUUUGAUAUGGUAGUGGAGCGUAUGAUAAGUCUAGGAUAUCCGGAAGAAUUGCGAUCAUUCAAAUACAAGGCUUUGUUUCCAGUACGAGGCCUUUGGUUCGAUCAUGUGUAUGGAAAUUUGUUGAAAGUAGAUGGUUUUGGGAACAUUCUUGUUGGUGUCCAUGGCUUUCGUUACAUGAAGCCUUCUGAAAUUGAAGAGCUAUAUCCGAAUAAAUUUCUGCAUCUCUCCGAAAAUCGAGUCUAUGUACUGAACACUUUAUUCAACCUUCCCGAAACUUAUCUGGUUGCAUGCAUCAUCGAUUUUUUCAACAACAGUCCCAAUUAUGUACCGACUGAAGAUCGUACCGGGAUAAAAAGUGGUGAUAUUUAUAUGUCAUAUCGUUCUAUAUUUCAAGAUAUACGUAAUUCGGUCGACUGGGUGCAUUUCGAGAGCAAUAUGAAACAGAUUAUAUUGGAUAAUAAGGAAAAAUAUAUUAUCAAAGAUGAACGUUUGAAACAGUUGCUAUUGCAAAUUCGUGAAAGUGGGAAACAGUCUUUUCUUCUUACAAACAGUGACUAUUCAUAUACAAAUGUAAGCUAUUCUGAAAGUUACCGCUCAGUUAGUUUCUUUCAUCUUCAUCUCUAUGCACAUUUUUAG